AUGGAGGAUGUUGAACACACUAAAAUUAUUUCAUCUACGGAAGGCAGAGAGGUCACUUCAACAACUCCAAGUAUUGAAGAAAUCAAGAAAUGGAGUCCUGAGCAGGUUAUUACUUUCCUAAAGUCCAGGAAAAAUGAUUUAUAUCUCAGGGAGCAAGAUAUCAAAAUAAUUGAGGAUAAUUGGGUCGCCGGUCAGGCAUUCCUACGUUUAAACGAAGAAAAACUUAUGCAAGAUGGCUUAUCUCGAGGACCAGCAGAAUCAAUCGCAUAUUUGAUUAAAACUCUUAAAGGCGAAGAAGCAUCUCCCUACCUUUCACAAGAUGUAAUCACCGAAAUUCAUGAAAUGCAUAGUAAACUUACUCAACCAACUAUUGAGACUAUAUCCAUCUCCAAAAUCAAUACAGAAAACUUUCAACUUUUAAAAAACCAUCUUAAUCUCGACAUUGAAAAUGUCCCCUUCAACAAUAUCCCCAUUUAUAGUAAUGCAUCACCACCAGCUUUCGAAUGGAAGGAUAAGUCAGAACCGGCCCAUAAAGAUGAAUAUUUGAAAUGGUUACACAAAUACAUUCCUUUGGCCAAUGGUCGUAUUUGGUAUGAUGUUGGGGGUAACCACAGCUUACUAUACGUGUAUAAGGACUCCAGGUUACCAUUUAAUGUUCAUGGUGGAAUUGAUGUAGUGGUUGUGAAUAAUUAUGAUGUUUCAAGCCGUUUGAUUCCAGAAAGUAUUUAUGCAGUUCUGGAGUUGAAAAAAAAGAUCGAGAGGAAUCAUGUGAUGCAAGUCAUUUUAGAAAUGGUAAUUGCUGAUUUGAUUACCCCCAAAAGUAGGAUCGUUUUUGGAAUCAUAUCAGACCUCACAGAUGAUUGGCAAAUUUUCUGGUUGGAAGAUGAUAGGACAAUAAAGAGUUGGAACGCACCAAGUCGGAAUGUUGCAAUUCAAGUAUUAAGUGAACUCUUAAGAGACAAACCCAAAGCAAAUCGGGAGAAUACAUCAAUCAUCAUUCCGGCUGCCAAACGUGUCAAGUUAAGUACUUUGUUACCUGAUAGAACCAUAAGUGAAGAUGAUAUUGCUCGGAUUGAAGAUGUAUACGAUGUUAUGUCAAAGGAAGAAAUCUGGCGUCAUAAAGUUGGAGUUGCUUCAGAAAUUGUUAGAAAUAUUCCUUCUUUUUCGUCAAUGUAUGCAUAA